AUGGCGGCAGCCGCUUUACAAGCCGCCGGCACCAUCAUCAAGAUCGCUGUCAGUUUGAUCGAAGAGCAUCAAGCAGACUCAGCCGCCCAAGAUCGCCAGAAUCAAAUCAUGAGCGCCCUCAACGGCAUACAAGACAUUCUCCAGUCCAUCCAGAUUCAACAAGAGAACUUGGCGGAUAUCGAGAUGCUGCACUCUUCUCCCACAUUAAUUGAAACCUGGCGGACUGGGUAUCCUCCUGCCGUUCAAAACAAUGAUAUCGACCAGAUCAACAGCUAUCUUCAAGCCUUCAAUAUCAAGGGUGAAGGAGGUGCUGAGUAUAUUGGCCAGAAUAUCUUCGAUGUUUUGACAGGGCAGGGUCAAGCCGCUCCUGGACAGCCUGGAGCAACCCCUCUCGUUCAAGUGUGGCAUGACCAAAGCUAUGACAAGAUGUAUACCCCAGAUGACAAUGGACAGUAUACAUUCACUCUCAAGGACUACCUGGAUGACUUUGACAAGGCCCUCGGUUGGGCGUUCAGCAGGGCGGGAUUUGCUCUGAUUUGUCAGAUAAUCGCCCUACAAGACCUUGCAGACAAAGCCACAACACCCGAGGAGAUCGAAAAUGAAGUUAGACAGUUCACAGGCCAAUUCACUGCCAAUGUAAACCAUGUCUUCAAUAUGGCGUAUGAACAAUUUCCGCCAUUCGUUAAGAAAUUCAAACUCAGCUACCAGGACGAGGGGUCGAACCUGACAAAUUGGUUCCGAAUGUGGCGUAACAAUUCCCAUGUCAGGAACUAUAAUCCUAUAGCAGGCGGGCCAAACCCAAUGAGAGUGUUUGGUCAAGGUUUGUACCCUGGGAAUGUCUUCGAGGUCUACCCUGAGGCAUGCGACGACGCGGAAGGUAUCUAUCCUGAGGUAGAGUUCAGAUUUGGCGAGACAAACCACCCGCUGAAAGGUCUCGCGACGAUCCACUCUCGAGCUGGUGGAUUUCCUCUUCUCGUGUACAAUAUUGACGGGCGGAAGGGCUUGACGACGGCAAGGGGCCCGAUUGCUCCGGGUCCGUGGGCCACUUACAAUGUCAGCCAAGUUUCGCAAGUUGCCUUCAAUGUAUUGCCCGUGAGCACCAAGUAUUCGAACACUGAUGCUCCUGCAUUUGUCCUCUUAUUGAGUCAAGGUAUUGAUACUCAGGGAUGGGCAUGGGAUAUCGGGAGCGCAUCUCCCCUGGCUUACUGGAUCUUACGCGACGAUGGAGCUACGCAGUCGACAUGGGUGAGAUGGUUUGGUGGUUCAGCAAUGCCCCCUGGCCAGCAGUCAAAAGUGGCGACUGGACCUAAUCCAGUAGAUGACGGACAACACCCCUCGCAUUGGAUAGCAGAUGACUGA